AUGGCCGGACUAGUUCAAAAGAUUUUCAAGGGCAGAAACAAGCGUCUAAGGCCGGAAUCCGCCUCGGAUCGUGGCCAGCCCCUUUCUCAGAGACAGCGACUAUACACCCCUUCCCCGGCAGCUUCGACCACUUCCUUUCGACCGCCACAACCCGCCCUCGCGCCCUCGUAUCGAUACCAGACCCCUCUGCCCACGAAGCCACCCCGGACCGAGAAUCUCAACCACAUGAUAAAAGAGCUACAAACGUUGCUUGAGACGGAGGAAGUCACGAUGAGCGUCGUGCAGAGUCUGGUGGAUCUCUACCACAGCCAACUCUCAUCGAUACCACUGCUCAGAGAAGUCCUCCAGCUCCAAGGACCUUCCCAACAUGGCCCCCAGGGGAUGGAAGAGAUCCUGAAGACUAUUCGAAAAGAGUUGAAGCCUAUCGAAACGCGUGCCAUGCGCGAGCCGCCCACGGUCAGGCUCAAGAUGAAGGGACAUACAGAGUACCUCGAGGCAGCAACCGCCCUGCAGCCAAGCCAAAUCAUGGAGAUUGUGUCUAGGAUACGAACGCGCGAACGCAAGUCGAAAGGGAGCGCACAGCAACAGAUCAGAGGGACCGUUAACAACGCUCCGGAUGAUGGGGUCCAUGGUCAUGAACAGUCGUGCUGGGAUGCGGUUUUGGGUGCUCGCAUCGAUCGAAACGUGCUCAAAAUCUUCUGCAAGGACGACAAAGCUGUGCAGGAUAUUUACAGCCGUUCAAACAUUGUCUGCCAAGAACUCAAACUUGGCGAACUCGAACAAGUACCUCAAAACUACUACGUCGAAGUUCACGGACUAAGACUGUCGAGAGCCGAAUUCGAGCAAAAUCAUAAUCGGAAUGAAGCUUGGGGGAAAGAAAACUCGGUCAAGAUUGUCCACAGCGCGAGGACUUUUGGAAGGACUGUUUUGACUCUGACUGAUGAGAAGGAUGCUCUCCGUCUGUGCAAUGAGUGGGUUUACUUGAGCGGAUCAAAGGUUACGGCUGAGUAA